UAUUUUUUUGUUUUUUGGCAAAUAUACGUAUGUUGUUUCAUUGUCUGGCGGGUACAAGAUAUAAUAGCGCGCAAGUUAAUUAAAAACAAUUAAAACAAAAAAUACAAUAAAAUCGAAAAAAGUGAAAAAUCAAAAAAUUAUAUCAAGUCACAACAUGGAAACUUUGGAUAACAAACCAAAAGAUUUAAAAGAAGAAAUGGCAACAGCAGCCACCGCCGCAGACGACACAGUAAAAGUUAGCAAAAGUGAAAGUUUCAAUGAGCCAGCAAGUUCCGAAGAAAUAGAGGAGCCUGCUAACAAACGUUCGAAAUUAUCCGAAGAGCAUAAGGAUGUGGAGUCUGUAGUAGCGGUGGAAAAAAGUGACACUGCAAUAACCACCACCUCAACGACAGAUGAAUUGCAACAGGAUGAUUUGGUUACCUCCACUGUGGGCCUUAGGCGUUUUAAACGCAUACCCAUUUUUAUAGUAGACUAUCAUAAUGAUGUUUUGGAGUUCAUAUAUCGCUGUUUGGCCAGUCGUCAUUUGGCUUUGGAAAAUAAUACUUUGUUGCAUUUCGACUCUCACCCCGAUAUGGUUAUAUCACGUGAAAUACCUGCCAGUGCAGCCUAUGACAAAGAGACCAUGUUGGCGGAGCUAAGUAUUGAGAAUUGGAUUAUGCCAGCCUGUUAUGCGGGUCAUUUUAAUCGUGUUAUCUGGGUGAAAAACUCCUGGUGCAAUCAAAUGCCUGUGGGCAAGUAUAACUUCAAAGUGGGUCACAAAGAAGAUAAAAUCAGUGUAGACUGCUGUUUAGACUACUUCAUAUCGGAAGGCAAUUACUGUCAAACCUCAGAAUUGGAACAGGCUCGUGAUUUAGAGCUUCAAGUGGUAAAUGCUGAUACCGCAAAUGCUCCCAAGCCACAAGAACUUUUAUCGUCCGAGGAUGCCUCUAGUUAUGUAUUGGAUAUUGAUUUGGAUUUUUUUAGCACUUCUAAUCCUUUCUUGGAAAUCUAUAAAGAUGCCAACUGUUACAUGCAGUUAAGUGACAUAUUUCAUUUUGAAAGUGCCACUGAGGCCAAUGUUAUUGGCACUACGGAAAAGAGAAAACAGCAACUGGAAGCCUUAAAGGCUAUAUUUGAAUAUUUGGAAGAAAAAAGAACUUUUGAGGGACUUGAAAGACCCAACACGGACAUAGUAUCACAGGAAGUUUUUGAAAAGAUAGAAAAACUAGCCGACUCUUUGCAAAAGGUUUAUGCUGACGAUGAAAUUGAUUGGUUAUUGAUUUUUGAUUCUGGCAGCACCACAGACACCAAUGGCCUUCCCCAUCAUAUUAGCACUGAGGCGGAGUUAAAUUUAUACUAUACACAAUUUAAAGAGUUCCUUAAAAACUUACCUCAACCACCGGUUCUUAUAACAAUGGCCUGUUCGGCUGAAGAUGACUACUGUCCACGUAAUCAAGUGUCCUCUAUACAAGAAAAAGUAGUAGAAAUUUUACAGGAAGUUUUUGGCGAUAAAAUACACGAUAAACCCAUUUUACAUUAUAUGGAUGAUGAAUGGGAUGUCAUGAAGUUGUAAGAGAGUAGUAAGAGGAGAGAGAAAAGCUGGUGCUUGCUGGAAAAAGAUGUUGGAAUAAGUGAAAAACGAGGGGAUAUUAAGUAGCAGAAGUAUUUAUACUUGUAGUGUUUUUUUUUUAAUUAGUACUUAUUUUAAGUUAUAAAAUUUAUAAAAUUUUAUGCAAUUACAUACACAGACAUACAUAUAUUUAAACGUAUAAAAAACUAAAUCAAAUAUAAUUUGAUUAAAUGACAUAGCUGUAGAGCUAAGA